UCACGGGUCUGGUCAAGAACAGUAUUUAAAAGGUCACCUCUCCCAGCUUCAAUAGGCUCUGACCAUCACAGGAAAGACCCAUCUCUCUCACCUCUCAACUCAACGUCCACUUGUCUUUCUCUCCGGAGCAUUUCCCCUGGACUGCCAUGAUGAUGAGAAUGAAGCUGGCCUUCCUUUUGGCCAUCUUACUUUUUCAACUGACCAUCUCUGUUAAAGGAGGGGCAUCUGCUUCUAAGCCAGCUCAACAGGCAGAUAAACAGCAGAAUCCUCCUUCUGGCCGCCGGAAUUCUGCUCCUGCUGCCCUGAAUCAUGCUCCUCCUGACCGGUCACCUGAUCCUGGCCGCCGGAAUUCUGCUCCUGCUGCCCUGUCUAGCCCCAGUCUGUAUACAUUUGGGGAUAUCAUCAGAUUUAAUCGGAGGAAGGCUGGCUUGCCAUAUAACCACUAUGCUAUUUAUGUGGGCAACCGUGAUAUCACAGGUAAAACACCUGAACAGGAUAUUUUUCACUUCUCAGGUGAAAAGUUUCAUCCAGGAAAUGCAGAUUGUGUAUUUGACAGUCUGGCGAAUGUUACAGAAGAAAGCACUCCUGUGGUCCAAACAGAAUGGGCUGGAAUAGACUUGACUAGAAGAACAGACGACAACAUGAUUGCCACAAUUGAACGCCUUCACAAUAAAUGUAACGGACAAUACAGUGUGUUGUCGGCUAAUUGUGAGCAUCUUGUGACAUUCAUUCGCUUUGAUCAUCCAAUCUGCAAACAGAAAGGUACCGAUCCGUUCAUCGAAUUUCUUGCAAAACUUUUUUGCAAACCUAACUCAACCCUAUUCACAAAUAAGAGGGGGCGUGGCAGAAGAGGUCUUGGUCUCCUACAGGAUGAAACCCGAGCCAACCAGGGUGCACCAGCUGCUUGAGUUCUAAACCUCUCAGAUGUUCUCUCUCUCUUCCAUCCUCUCUGUCUCUGUAUGAAGUGAGGUCUAAACCUCUCAGAUGUUCUCUCUCUCUUCCAUCCUCUCUGUCUCUGUAUGAAGUGAGGUCUUAAUAAUAAUAAAACAUGAGCAAGAA